CCUGUCAAACAUUGACAGUUUCACUGAGGUUAGACAACUUCCUGUUUCUUGGCAAUACGUCGAAGUUCAACACCGCGGACCCGCCGUUUAACGUCCUUCAGGUCCAGUGUGUCUGUCACUGCUCUACUCUCCACCGCUCAUAUAUGUUGUUUUGGGAGUUAUUGGCAAUCAACCAAUAAUGUUUGUGUGAAAGCUGCUCAGCCGGUUUCUUUCCAUUCCAACGGCUGCUUCUCUGGAAACAGUUUAAAGUGAAACUAAAGUUUUCUCCUCACAGUGUCGGCAGAUUAUCAGGAGGAGGAAAGUGACAAGUGGCUGUGAACUGAAUGUGUUUUUCAAGUGUUCGUUUAGUGAGAAGCAGAUUAAUGAGGACUUUGGGGUUGUUGUAGUUUUUACAGGAAGAUGAAGAUGUUUGUGGUGUUUGUGAUCCUCGUGCACGUUUCCCAGCAUGCCUCAGCUGUGGAGCUGUAUGAGGGGGAGGAGUUUGUCCUGCUGCCCUGUGAGUAUCACACAUUUGACAUGGACGACCCCACAGUGGUGUGGAGCCGCUACGAUCUCAAUCCUCCAACCGUCCACCAGCGUCAGCAGGAAGGUGAUGAAUUUAUAUACCAAAACCAGCUUUACAGCGGCCGAACAUCCAUGAUGGCUGACGCUCUGGAAACUGGAGACCUCAGCCUCAAUCUGACAAAACUCCGCCUCUCUGACAGCGGCACCUACACCUGCACCGUCAGAUCAUCAAGAGGAAAACAGAGAGUGAGAGAAGUACAGCUGAAGGUCAAAGUUUACCAGCAUGCCUCAGUUGUGGAGCUAUAUGACUGGGAUGAGUUUGUCCUGCUGCCCUGUGAGUUUCAAACUUUUGACAUGGACGACCCUACAGUGGUGUGGAGCCGCUACGAUCUCAAUCCUCCAACCGUCCACCAGCAUCAGCAGGAAGGUGAUGAACUUAAAGACCAAAACCAGCUUUACAGCGGCCGAACAUCCAUGAUGGCUGAUGCUCUGGAAACUGGAGACCUCAGCCUCAAGCUGACAAAACUCCGCCUCUCUGACAGCGGCACCUACACCUGCACCGCCAGAGCAUUAGGAGGACAACGGAGAGUGAGAAACAUACAGCUGCAGGUCAAAGAACGAUUUCCAUCCUGGGCUAAAGCUCUCCUGGUUCUCCUGGUUCUCCUGGUUCUUGGUCUUAUUGUUGGGGGUCUUUUGGUGCAUUUUCGGCAGUAUUUCAUGUCAGUCUACCAGGUGGAGGUGGAUUCAGGGGAGGAGUCUGUCCUGCUGCCCUGCAAAACCACAGUUCACCUGCCUGAGGACGUCACAGUGGAGUGGAGGGACAGUGACAACUGGAAGGUCCAUGUGUAUCAGAACGGCUCUGAUCAGCCUGAAGAACAGAACCAGUAUUACAGAGACCGAACAGAGAGGAAGAGUAACCUGCUGGAACCUGGAGACCUCAGUCUGACCCUGAAAUACCCCAAAUACAGUGACACCUUCACCUGCACCGUCUACAACAGGGAGAGAAAGAUCCUGAUGGAGAAACAAGUGGAGCUUGAGGUCAAAGUCUGUCAGGUGGAGGUGGAGGAGGGGGCGGAGUCUGUCCAACUGCCCUUCAAGACCACAGCUGACCUGCCUGAGGAUGCUGCAGUGGAGUGGAGACGCAUUGAACCUUACAUGACAGUCCAUGUGUAUCAGAACGGUUCUGAUCAGCCUGACAAACAGAACCAGGAUUACAAAGACCGAACUGAGAUGAAGGAAGACCUGCUGAAAGCUGGAGACCUCAGUCUGACCCUGAAAUCCCCCAAAGAGAGAGACACAGGAACAUACUGCUGCAACGUCUACAACAAGGAGGGAAACUUACUGAGAGAGAAAACAGUGCAGCUCACAGUCAGAGGGAGAACCAGGAACAGAAGCAGCUCCAUUGAUCCAACUCCUCUGAUGGCUGAUCAAUCUGUUUGAUUGGUCUGUUGAUCAAUCUUUGAUUAUUGAUCUUGUUGAAGGGGCUCAAAGGAAGAGAAUGUCAACGUUCAGCUUUCAGUGUUUCCUCUCUUCAUCGUCUGAAAUAACCUGCAGUCCAUACUGUGAUUGAUUGAUUGAUUGAUUGAUUGAUUGAUUGGUCUCAUGUAGCUCUAUAAUGUUUCUCUGAUGUUUGUGUAUUCAGCUUCUAUACAUAUAUAUCUGGCUGUGUCUCAGGAGGUAGAGCGGGUCGUCCACUGAUCAGAAGGUUGCUGGUUCGAUCCCCGGCUCCUCCCGCUGCAUGUCGAAGUGUCCUUGAGCAAAAUACUGAACCCCGAACUGCUCCUGAUGCUGAAUCACUGUAUGAAUGAGUGAAUGAGUGAAUGAGUGAAUGAGUGAAUGUAUGAAUGAGUGAAUGAGUGAAUGUGGCUGUAGUGUAAAUGGCUUUGAGUGGUCAGAACACUAGACAGACACUAAGUUCAGUCACUUUCUGUGAUUGAAUGAAGUUAUUGUUUGAGUGUCAGUCAGCUGAACUGUUCUCAUGUGUUUGAAUCCAUAAAGUGUUGUGAGCAGAUGAGUUAUGGAUUCGAUCAUUUCACACUCUGUUUAGAGAAUGAUGAAUAUUGAGGAGAACAACUGUAAAUAAAGCUCAAAUGUACAGAAAUCAUUUCUCCACUCUGACAGCAUCAUGAAAAUGGAUCUAAAGCUGUGAGAAUGAUGGAUUCAGGAGGCAUCAAAACUUUGAUUACUACUCUCUUCUGAAAUAACAAAAGUGCUCAGUGUGACGGCCUUAUUGUGUUCCUCUUGCUUGGUUGUUUACUCUUUGUUUCAGGUAGUAAGGGGUGGAGCUGAGAUUACUCUCUGCUGCAGCUCACCUGAGCAGACUCUCUCACUCUCUUCCUCUGGCUGCUGACUGAACUGUUGGGUUUUGUUUGUGUUCCGGGUUUUACAUUCAUACAUAUACACCUCACCCUUCACUCACAUAUUAAACUGUACUGAUUAUUUUGGUGUUUACUUCAUUAAAUUGUCAGAACAAUUCA